AUGGUAGUACAGACAGGCCUCGACUAUAUGCGUUUGCGCACGCUGGUCGACUGUGAUACUAUGGAUGAUGAAGUUGGUAAAACUCUGGGACCAUUCCAGGACUGCACUUCUAACCAAGCUAUUGCACUCGGCGAGCUUUCUAAGCCAGCGCGGGCUGAAGUCAUUGCUGCAUCGCGGACAGAUGCGAUGAAAUUGCAUCCGAAGUACUCAUCCAUCGGUAUUGAAGAGUUGGCUGCCGAGAUUGCGAUGGUUAGAUUGGCUGUAGGAAUGGCGAAACACAUUCGUGGACGUGUCCAUGUACAGGUUAAUCCUUACUAUUCGUACUCGUCGGAUAAGAUUGUCGUCAAUGCACUCCGCAUUGUGCAAUUGUUCCAGCAUGUGCAGCCCGGCUUUGACGCCGAUCGCAUUUCUAUCAAGAUUCCGAGUACAUGGGAAGGAAUGAUGGCAUGCCGCACCCUUGAGUUAGCCGGUGUGCGUACUUUGGCGACCACUCUUUUCAGCAUGGCUCAAGCUGUACUCGCAGCUGAGGUGGGCUGUACUUAUAUCGCACCCUAUGUGAACGAAUUGAAGGUGCAUGUCGAAACAGGUUACGUGGACAACGCGAAACUGCUCCCGCUUUGCGCUGCCAUUCAGAAAUACUACAAGUCCAUCAAUUCACCCACCAAAGUCCUCCCUGCUAGCUUGACUUCCGUCGAGGAGAUCUUCUUCCUCGCUGGAGUGGAUCAUCUCACUAUUGCGCCGGGUCUGUUGACACAAUUGACCCAGCCUUAUGCAGGAAAUGUCAAGUCGCUAUUUGAUAUUGCGCCGACACUUCCAAUCCCGGCGCGGGGUGUCUCUUUUAUCAACGAUCCUGGAAGCUACCAGAUCACAUUUGCCCGAGACCUGGGCGGUGCUAGUCAUAUCAAGUUGACCGAGUUCGCCUGCAAGAUGUUUCCCUCGCAGGCGGCUAAUUUUAACAUCGAGGCCCUUAGCGGCAUUUGCGGAUCAAUCUCUAUUGCCUGCUGGGUCGUCGUUUUCUCCCCUCAAAUCAUCGAGAACUUCCGACGUGGCUCUGCAGAUGGCCUCUCUCUCAUCUUCCUCAUCAUCUGGUUGGCUGGCGAUGUGUUCAACAUUCUCGGUGCCGUCCUACAAGGCGUACUCCCUACCAUGAUCAUCCUUGCAGUGUACUACACUUUAGCAGAUAUUGUUCUGCUGGGACAGUGCUUUUACUACCGGGGGUUCAACCUCAAGGAGGAGCUAUCCCCCUCGGCCACGCCGGACCUUUUUGCAAGCAACGGUACUUCCGAUGCGGAGCGGAAUGGCGCUGAACAUCAACCAGAACCAACAGAGACAUCAUCACUCAUCCCGAAACCCAGCGGCCAAGCUGUAAAUGUAACUGGGCAGCUACCCCAAGACCGCACACGCCCACUCUCCUCUGGAAGACGGCAGUCGGCAACCUCGUAUCAUGAUAUCUUCAACACAUCGGUAGACGGCACCCAUCUAUCACCCGCAACGCCCUUCAUCGAACCAACAACCGAUGUCGCGCGCCGCCGUGCUCAACGCGCCCGUCGUCGCCGCAUCUCCGCCCUCCAAUCAAUCUUUUUCAAUCUCACCGCCGUCGCUCUAGUCUGUGCCGCAGGUGUGAUGGGCUGGUUCGUCAGCCCUGCAGCAAAGUCGUCAUCACCAGGCCCGGAACCUCUCGCGAUGGAUGUUCUGGGUCAAGUAUUCGGCUAUUUCUGUGCAGUUUUGUAUCUUGGGUCACGCCUGCCCCAGCUUCUCUUGAACUACCGCCGCAAAUCAACGGAUGGUGUUUCCCUGCUGUUCUUCCUCUUUGCUUGCAUCGGAAACUUGACUUACGUGCUCUCUAUCCUGGCAUACUCGCCUAUUUGCCAUGGUGGGUCUCCCGAGGAGAUCAUGGGGCACCGUCACCGUGCGCAGUGUCGUCCUGGUGAGGCGGCUGCGUUGUAUGGCCGGUAUGUAUUGGUGAACCUGUCGUGGUUGGUCGGCAGUGCUGGCACGCUGCUGCUGGAUAUGGCGAUCUUUACACAAUUCUUCCUGUACCAUGAUGGAAAGGUUGACGAGGAGGAAGAAUAG